AUAAAUAUUGGGCCCACAUCUUUCCGUCAAACCCCUCUGUGUGACUCCUGGGCUUAGAGUGCAGGAAGAUGCCGGACACACUGUCGCAGCUGGAAAGCAGCAUAGAAACCAUCAUCAAUAUCUUCCACCAGUACUCUGUACGGCUGCAGCACCCGGACACCCUGAACCAGAAAGAAUUCAAACAGCUGGUGGAAAAAGAGCUGCCAAACUUUCUCAAGCAGAAGGAUGACAAAGCCAUAAACAAGAUCAUGGAGGACCUGGACACAGAUGUAGACAAGCAGAUGGACUUCCAGGAGUUCCUUGUGCUGGUGGCCAGGCUGACGGAAGCCUCCCACGAGGCGAUGCACGAGACGGCGUCCCAAAGUCCAGGCCACAGUCACGGGCCAGGCUUCAAAAAGAGUGGUUUAGGCCCAUGCCCCAGCAAGGUUACCCAAAGCCACUCCCAUGGAGACCACAGCCACAGCCAUGGCAAUCACGGCCACAGCCACUAAUCAGGUCAGGCCACCGGCCCCUGUCCACCUAGGGCCAUGGGGCUGCCUUAGCUGCAGGGCAGGGAGAUGGGGGUGAAAUAAAGUCUUCCUCCGA